UGUCGUUUCAGUACGAUUUGGACGGUUAAGCGUAACGCAAGUGCAGCUGUGAUAACGCCGUUGACGUCGGAAUAGUGAAGAAUUGGUGUUUUUGAGUUGUGUAUUCGAUUUCUCGUGCGAACAAUCAAAAAUAAUAAAGAAAGCCUUGACAACAAAGCGGCAGCUUUGAACGAAACAGCAACAGCAAUAAUAGUGACAGCAGCAGCGCAGCACAACAGGUGAUAGAGCAGUGAAAAAAACGUGUUGGCAUUUACUCACAUAGAACUAACUACAACAACAAAAAUAGUCGCUGUAGCAAAACCAACCCAUACUCGCCCAUCAACCAAAUACACAUGUUACCGAAGUGAUAUUUUGGCAUAAAUAUAUAUUUCUUUGAUUAAGAAACGCGAGCGAUCAGCAAAUCAAGUGCCUAUGACUGCGAAAUUGUAAUUGAGCAUUUUUUAAAUUCAUAAAAACACUAAUUUGUUUAUUUGCAAAGCAUAAACAAAUUAGUAACAAAGCAGUCGGGAUAACCCCUCAGCAACGGCAACAGCUGACGGACAACUUUUUAACAAAAACCAACAAAUAAAGCUCAAACAAAAUGUUGAUAACAGCCGCCAGCGAACCCGCCAUGGUCACAAACAAUGAUGGCGGAACAGCAGCACAAUGGAAUCGGAACUCACAGGCUGCCGUGUCGGUGCGACACGCCUUCAAGACCUACGGCAAGAAGAAGAACGCCAUUCCGGUGUUGAAUAAUCUAAUGAUGACCGUACCAAAGGGCACAAUCUACGGUCUACUGGGCGCCUCAGGUUGUGGCAAGACCACACUACUCUCGUGCAUUGUCGGUCGACGUCGCCUGGAUUCGGGUGAGAUCUUCGUGCUCGGCGGCAAACCAGGCACACGCGGUUCGGGAGUGCCCGGCAAACGCGUCGGCUACAUGCCACAAGAGAUCGCCUUAUACGGCGAGUUCUCUAUACGCGAAACAAUGAUGUAUUUUGGCUGGAUAUUCGGUAUGGGCACCAAAGAGAUCAUGGAGCGUCUACAGUUCCUUUUGAAUUUCCUCGAUUUGCCGUCGGAGAAACGUUUGGUGAAGAAUUUGAGUGGUGGUCAACAGCGACGUGUUUCCUUCGCUGUGGCAUUGAUGCACGAUCCCGAAUUGCUGAUUUUAGAUGAACCCACAGUGGGUGUGGAUCCGUUGUUGCGCCAGAGUAUUUGGAAUCAUUUGGUGCAUAUCACAAAGGCUGGCCAAAAGACAGUCAUCAUCACAACACAUUACAUUGAGGAGGCGCGUCAGGCACACACGAUCGGUCUUAUGCGUUCGGGUCAUCUGCUGGCCGAGGAGUCACCAAGCGUUUUGCUGUCCAUGUACAAAUGCAUCAGUCUGGAGGAAGUCUUCCUUAAGUUGUCGCGCAUGCAAAGCCAGAAGGGUGAAAUCUCGAAUGUGAACUUUAGUAAUAAUAUCUCAUUACAUGCCAUGGCAUUCGGCAGUAAAAUGGAUAAGCCCAGCUCGAGUCAAGAAGGCGGUGUUGUCGGACUGAACUUCCAUCAGAGCAAAGAAGUGCUGAUCAACGAAUCGAAUGGAUCUGUUUUUACGUUAAAUCAAGAACCCUACGAUCCGCCCCAAAUAAAACGCAACAAACCCAAUGAUGAAGAGAGCUGCCAGGAUUGCUGUGCGAACUUGUGUAAGGUCACAACUAAGGGCAAAAUGAAGGCAUUGCUGACCAAGAACUUCCUGCGUAUGUGGCGUAAUGUCGGCGUUAUGCUGUUCAUUUUCGCUUUACCCGUUAUGCAGGUGAUACUCUUCUGUUUGGCAAUUGGACGUGACCCGACUGGCUUGAAUUUGGCUAUCGUCAACAGCGAAAUGAAUAACACAAACAUCUGUCAUUGGGAGGACUCUUGCCACUUCUCGAAUCUCGGCUGUCGCUAUUUGAGCCAUCUGAAUGACACCAUGGAAAAGACAUACUACACGGACUUGGAGGAGGCCAAAGAUGCGGUGCGUGUGGGCAAGGCUUGGGGUGUGCUUUACAUAACGGAGAACUUUACGGACGCUUUUGUGGCGCGUGUAGCAUUGGGACGUGACGCGGAUGAUGAGACCAUUGAUCAGUCGGAAAUCAGAGUGUGGCUCGAUAUGUCAAAUCAGCAAAUCGGUAUUAUGCUGAAUCGUGACAUACAGCUGGCCUAUCGUGCUUUCGCCAUGGACUUACUGGAUCAAUGCGGCAACAAUCCGAAGCUCGGCGAUGUGCCAAUACAAUUCAGAGAACCCAUUUAUGGCACAAUGAAUCCAUCAUUCACAGAUUUCGUUGCGCCCGGCGUGAUAUUGACCAUUGUGUUCUUCUUGGCUGUUGCAUUGACGUCAUCCGCUUUAAUCAUCGAACGCACUGAGGGUUUACUCGAUCGCUCUUGGGUCGCCGGCGUCUCACCCAGUGAGAUCCUCUUUUCGCAUGUCAUCACACAAUUCGUCGUCAUGUGUGGCCAAACAACGCUCGUACUUAUCUUCAUGUUGGUCGUCUUUGGUGUUACAAAUAAUGGCGAACUCUUCUGGGUGAUCGUGCUGACACUGUUGCAGGGUAUGUGCGGCAUGUGCUUUGGCUUCCUCAUCUCAUCGGUAUGUGAGUUGGAACGUAACGCCAUACAAUUGGCGUUGGGCUCAUUCUAUCCAACAUUGCUGUUAUCGGGCGUCAUUUGGCCCAUCGAAGGCAUGCCUAUCGUGCUGCGGUACAUUUCACUUUGCCUGCCGCUAACGCUCGCUACCACAUCGCUGCGCUCGAUUUUGACGCGCGGCUGGCAGAUCACCGAGAUGGCUGUGUAUUCCGGCUUCCUGAGUACGCUCGCGUGGAUCGUCGGCUUCCUGAUACUGACGCUGUUGGUGCUGCAAGCGAAACGUGGAUAGAAAUACUUCGGGUUUUUGCAACAGCAAAUUGGGAGCAACAAAUUAAUUUAAUAUCUAUAAUUUUUUUUUUAUCAACUAACUUACGAUACUAGAAAUUGUACAGAAAUGAAAUUAAGAGCAAAGAAAAACAAAAUUGGGUUGCUUAAUUAAUCCAAAACUGUAUCUAUAUAUGUAUGUAUGUACAUACAUAUGUAUACAUAUAUGCAUAUGGUUGGCAGAUCGCACAAGAGAUCUUGUGUAAAGUGAAAAGUGUCGAUCGCAUUGUAGCUGAGUUUUUAGUUCUAGAGAGUAAAUUUUAAUUAAAGAAAAAAACAACAACAAAGAAAAAAA